AUGGAUAACCCUCGCAACGAGGUCUCGAAGGCUCGUAAGGAAGAUCUCCUUGCAAGAACGAUGAAACGACUUGAUGCUCGUCAACAAGGGCCAUCCCAGGGCCGGUCCCAAAGGGCCCGUGGUACUUCACCCAAUGGAAGCGACGAGGUAUUUAUCCAUUUGUCAGACUGUUUUGAUAAUAUCAGGCUGAUCCAUGGCCGAUGCUCUGAGCAGGAAGACUCCAGUGGGCCUGAAUUUGAGGACCUCGAGGUGUAUUCCGACCAGAUUUUCGAAAAAUAUCCGAUGAACACCAAAUAUAAUCGACAUUAUCCGGUGUAUCUUGAUCCUACCAAUCCUGAUCGUUACAUUCUCCUUACUUCAGGUAAUGUUGACAUAUGGGCAAAAGAUCUGUGUUCCCGUGUACCUGGUGUUAGCCUGGUCUCACCUCCUAGUUCAAUCAAGUACCAAAGCCGCAAGCAGACCGAGAAAGAAAAGGCACCAUCAACGGUCGAAUCUUCAAGCACUGCCUCUCUUGUAGAGUUGACCAAGUGGCUCAUCGAACAAAAAAAUGGCAUGCCUCGAUCUUCCCCACCAUCUUCAGUAUGCGGUGAUACAACCACAACCGUCGAUAUAGGUGACUACUUAAACUUUGUGUGCAUUGCUCCUAACAAGCGCGAAGGGAUACGCAACACCUUACUUCACAACGACAUCGACUGUUACAAGAUGUUCAAAAAUCUCGUGGUGGAUGAUUUGAAGGCCCUUGGUUUCAAUGUAGGUAUCAUAACCAAGCUCCGAAGCAAUGUUACUAGAUACCGAGCUCAUUUAGCCAGGUCUGGCUAAAUCAACCCAUCCGGUCUUCAAUCUCUUGUCUCGUUCUUCCAUCCCUUGGCUUGGUCUGCUGUCUGCUGUCUGCUAUCUAUCUCCCAUCUGUAGUCUCGGUCUCGGUCUUCUGUCUUCUGUCUGCUGUCUGCUGUCUGCAAUAUCCCAUAUCGUCUCGGUCUUCCAUCUCAUGUCUCAGUCUGCUGUCUGUUGUAUUGGUAUGCUAUCUUUCACCUCUUGUCUUGGUCUGUGUCUUGGUCUGCUGUCUGCUGUCUCGGUCUGUUUUCCACUGUCUCCGUAUCUUGUCUGCUGUCUGCUGUAUGUUGUAUUGGUCUGCUAUCUCCCAUCUCUCUCGGUCUGCUCUCUGCCAUCCCUUGUCUCACUCUGCUGUCUGAUGUCCCUUGUGCCACUCUGC